UAAAUUCUAUGAUUCUUUUUGAAUGGUUUCAGACAUGGCUCCAAAUCUGGCUUGAUCCCCAGAUGGUCUGUCUCUCUCUACUUCCACUUUCUGGCCAGAAUUACCUCAGAGAGAAGAAGCCAUCUUUGUUUCAUCAGUUAGGUCUAUAAUGAAAAGAUGGAAGGAGAUCCCAAAGCGCCAGACCUCCACGUUACCCCUCAGUCAGCGGCUGUUGAACAAAGCUCGCUCCCUGAGCCGGCAGCUUUGCCUGCUGCUGAGCCUAAGUGGAUUGGCCAUCGUGGCUCUGCUUUCCCUGAAUAAGUCGUGGAUCUGCUUUCACGUGCCGGUGGGUAACCCCGGCAAUUUCACGUACAUCGACAUCUACGCUUCUCUCUUUGUUCCCUGCCCAGAGACUGAGUGCACAUUGGAGCCUGAUCAACCACCCUAUUACCUGAAUUAUUCCGUGGUCUUCAUCCUCAUUGCUUGUUUCACCAGUUUCCUUCUCUGCCUGGCUCUGGCCUACUCCAUUAUCUUCGCAGGCUCGGUGCCCAUCUUUGACCUCUCCACCUCCAUCGCCAGCUUCUGUACAGGCCUGUUUGUGUUCCUGUGUGCCCUGUUCUACCUGCUUCAGGCCCGGAAUUUCCUGCAAGAGGGGAUGAGCUACACCCUGGAAACUGACUACUAUAUGGCAUGGGCAAGCAUUUUCCUCUUCAUGAUGACAGGUGGGGACAAGCGCCAAGGCUCCCUUGGGGUGAAGCCAGGACAGGGACAGAGCCGGGCUGGGGGGUGGGGAUAGGCAGAGGUGGGAACUCCGAGUGAGGAGAUUUUGUCCGAUUAAGGAAGGGGGACAAGAGACUAAGAAUAAUGGUCUAGGAUGGCAUAGAGGUGGGAGCGGAAAGAAGGCAGGGAGCAGAGGAUAAGGAGAGUCCGGGGACAAAUCCCCCAUCUGCAGUUUAUUUCCUAUUUGACCUUGGACAAAUCACAAUCUUUCCGAGUCUCAGUUUUCCCAAGCGUAAUCAUGGUUGGACCAGUUGGAUUCUCUAGAUCUAUGGCCUGGAAAAAUAGUAAUGUCUAGGAUGGAAAAGGAUCUGGGCUGAGGAUGGUACAUGGAAGGAAGAGCAGAUUGUGGUAGGAAUGGGCAUGGGGGAGCACGGAGAAGGGAUAUGGUGUCUCAUACCCAUUCUCCCCUUCUCAUAGGCUUCUUUUGCUUCCUCAACUAUAUGAAUUUCUGGUCUAUAAUUACACCAGGGGGGUCCUGGCUUUAAGCCUUUGAGAUUGAUUCUUACUCUGGACUCUGCCCUCCUGACUUCUUAUGCCUAUGUGUCUAUACCUCCCCUACCAUCUAUACAAUCUAUACCAUCACCAUCCCUAGUCCAUCCCUGCCUUCCUUGACUCCUAUAUUUAAUAAACUCAUGUACCCAACCUGCAGUCCGUCCACUCAGCUUGACUUUACUGAGCCCCCCAAGGCCCCUGUCCCAUGUGCUGCGUGUCUCUUCCCAUGACUUGUUCCAGAGGGUAAGAAACCAUGACCCAUGUCAAAUCUGGUUGUAGAGAUGGGGACCCACACAACUGUGACCCUCAGGAGAACCUUAGAAAGAACUGCUGCCUUUGUAGCAGGGUCCAGCAUUUGCAGAACUUUCCGUGUUCUCUCCCUGAACACUCACAACAUCCCUAUGAGGGAGUUACCAUUGAGGUCUCCAUGUUACAGAGGAGGAAGUUAAGGCUAAGUAAGGGUCACACUGAGGCAAGAUUGGAACUCAUCUCUAUGGCCAAUACACUACAUUGCUGUCCCACUAGUAGAGAAAUCUCACCUCGAGCUACAGAAGGAGCCUGAAUUUGGAGGGCUCAAGUUUGUCUGAAGUCUGAUGCUUUCUGGAAACUUGGAUUUCCAGUCAACCAUUCUUAGUUUCUUCCUCUGUAAAUUGAAGGGUGAAGAUUGGAUGAUCUCCAACGUCCCUUUACACUCCAAAUAUGAGAUUCCUGGCUUCUCUAGGAAAUUAAUAAAGGGGAUGAUAGGCAGGGGGAUGGAGCUCAGUGAUGUGAGUCAUGGUGUGGACAAAGGCCGGGGAAAGGGGGAAGGCAAUGAUACUCUGAGCAGUGGAAGCUAUGGCCAGCAUGAGUUCGUCAGUGUUUUCUCCAAUUAACUUUUUGGACCUCACAUUUUGGAGAAGAGCCAGGAGGGUCCAGAGAUGCAUCCCUUUUCUGCCUGUCAGUGAAUCUCCUUGGAUCACUUUUUCUCCAGGGGGUCUGCCCCAAGGGCUUCUUCACUGGGACUGACAAAACAAAAUGUCCCAUGGGACUUUUCUCCUCCCAUGUCCACUGGGGAAUAGGCCCCAGUGUCUCAGAUCUUUUUAUUCCACUUAUAAGUUAAAAAUGUCAGUUCCUCAAAGGCUUUCUUGGGAUCCACAAGAAAAUACACAUCAGAGAGGUAUAUCCAAGGUGUUGCAAAACUCUAGAUAUACUUUUAAGCUUAUACUUAUGCCUAUUAUACUUAGGUAUAAUACUUUGGGGUAUCAUUUAUAUAUAUGUGUGUGUGUGUGUGUGUGUGUGUGUGUGCAUGUACAAAUAUGUAUAGAUGUGUGUACAUGUACAUGUAUGUGCAUGUGUGUGUUGACUUUCACAUUUGGUAUAUGUACGACUGGGUGUGUGUGGAUCUGUGUGUUCAACUAUACUGAAUGUAUAUAUGUGUAUAUAUUUACACACACAUAAAUUCUAAACUUAAGCGUCCCCAAAUAAGCAUUUCCAUAUACACAGAACACAAGAAGACUGUGUAUGAAUCUCCAUUUCAUGUUACUUAAGUGUUUUUCAAAAGGUAUAUAAUAAACGGCAUGUUUUGUUC